AUGAAUCUGACCGAUUUCUCCUGUUUCUCGGGUAUGUGCACUAUGACCGCCGACUCCCUUCACUCGCCUAGCCAAGGGGCCAGCCCGACCUCCCCCAACCUGCACGGGGCUUCCUCAUCAGGCUGCAAGGUGGAGCCGUUGUUGAUCAAGUGCGAGCCCAGGGGCAGUCCGGCGGAGACAGGAGGGGAGCAGCCCGUCGGAGAGCAGCAGGUGCCUGGCGCCGGUGCAGGCGGCGGCGGCCGUCGGAGGAAGCGGCCGGUGCAGCGUGGCAAGCCUCCGUAUUCGUACAUCGCGCUGAUCGCCAUGGCUAUCGCCAACGCACCGGAGCGCAGGCUGACACUGGGGGGCAUCUACAAGUUCAUCACGGAGCGCUUCCCCUUCUACCGAGAGAACCCCAAGAAGUGGCAGAACUCCAUCCGCCACAACCUGACGCUUAACGACUGCUUCGUUAAGAUCCCCCGCGAGCCGGGCCAUCCGGGCAAGGGCAACUACUGGACGCUGGACCCUGCCGCCGAGGACAUGUUCGACAACGGCUCUUUCCUGCGACGGAGGAAGCGCUUCAAGCGCACCGACCUCACCACCUACCCAGGCUACGUGCACAGCGCUAGCGCUUUCACGCCCAGCCAGGGCCAGAUCGCCCGGGCUGGCCCUUGCAACGGCCCUGGAGGCAUCGCUUAUCCGAGUGCCGGCGGCCCCCUGUACUCGUCCAGUGGUACCUACGGGGCGCAGCUGCCCUGCCUGCCCCAGUACCCGGGGGCGCCCCCCGCGCUACAGCCGCGCAUGUUCAGCAUCGACAGCCUGAUCAGCUCGCAGCAGCAGCAGCAGCAGCAGCAAGUGGCAGCUCUGCAGGCCUCGGCGGCGGGGGCAGAGCUGGCCCAGCACCCUUUGGGCCUCGGCAGCGCCGGGGAGCUGAGCGGCUGUCCCGUGGGCAGCGCCGAGGCCUGCUUCCAGAGCCAGCCAGCCAGCCCCGGCUUGUUGGGCCGGCAGCCCCCCGCCCUGGCCUACCCGUACUCGGCCUCCCCACCAGGCCAUCUCGGGGCGCCGCAACAAGGCGCCUACUCUUCCCCGAACGCGCCGCUCUACGGAGCUCCCAACAGGCUGACCCUGCAGCCCGGGCGCCCCGCCCCGCCCUGCGCCGACCACGCGGAGCAGCUGCUGGGCCUCGCAGCCUCCCAGCUCAACGGGCUCGGGCAGUUCGGAGCCGCCAAUAACGCUUACAUGAGGCAGCCCAGCUUUCCCGCCGGCCUGGAAAGAUACUUGUGA